AUGUCAAAAACAAAUAAAUCCAAAUCGGGGUCCCGUUCCUCUCGUUCAAGAUCUGGUUCUCGAUCCCGGUCCCGGUCUUUCUCAAAAUCUCGGUCCCGAUCCCGGUCUGUUUCUCGAUCAAGAAAACGCAGGCUCAGGUAAGUGCCAUUGGUCGCUUCUGAUGGUGUUGUGUUCUUUUCUUUGUACCUGAGGGGAGCCCUGCACAAAUGGGAAUUCUCCUGCGGAAAGCUUUUGCUAGAUUCCAAUUUAUUCUACCAUCUUAAGUUACUUCCUUUGUCUGCCAACGUGUUCUAUUUUUAUAACCUCACCAUCCAAAUAGCUCUUGCUCGGCCAUGAAGUGGGUAGCUUUUUUAACCCAGUGUUCUCUGUGUUUUGGUUGUACUAGGCCCUUUUGAGUUGUUGUUUUUGAAGUUGGUUGUUGUCAAACGUUCUGAGCAACUGGGUUGCCUCUGGAAUUAUUCUGACUUUGAGGAAUGCCUAAAAUUGCAGAGGGAGCAAAACAGAGGGGGUGUAUCUUUACCUGUUCUUCAGCAAUCAUACUGAAGUCUGUGCCUAAGAUUUUACUUUUGGAUUUCUAUUCUAUCUCUUUAAAUGUCCUUGUGAUUAGAUUUGUAAUUGCAAGAACUUUGUCUCUAAUGAAGAGUUACUGAUCUUAACUCACUGCUCAGGAUAUAAGAACGAUGCAGUAGAGAGCUAUAUUGCAGAGAAAGAUGAAUGAAGAUCUUCGCUAGUGAAAGUUAGGAAAGGGUACUAAUUCUGUGCUUUUCCAGUUGGUUAUUUAAACCUGGACUGUUAACAAGAAGAACAUUCUGAAUAAUUUCUGGGAUCUGUUUAUUGGCACAUCCUGCAGAACCAAACCCCACUUGGCUGUUCAUUGUGUUGCUUUACUUUUCAGAAGAUUUUGAGUCUCUAGUUAGAUUUUGUUUAUAUCAGCCAUUUAUUUUGUUACCUUUUAAAAAUAAUGGUAAAAGGCUCGCAGAUUUUCUGUAACUGUUGGGACAGAAGCAUCAGUGGCUGUUAAUAAUUAGUGUGUGUGGUUUCUGAGAAAGAUACAGAAAGGGAACAGUAAAAUGCAACAGGGGGUGGAGAAAAGGACAAUGCCAGAAAGAGGAGAAGAGCCGAAGCACAAACGAUCUCCUUACAGAGGGUAAAAGCAUUAGGAAGGGCUUACCAGUAGGCUGGGAAUGUCCGGCUUCAUUGAGGGGAGCUCUGCCAAUGGAGAAUGAGCCCAGCAUGCAAAAUGUCCCUGGUUACAGACAGCUUUUGGAGAAACUUUGAUUAUGCAUAUGACUUGGCUGGAGAAGUAAAAUGGAAGAGGCUGGGGAAUGCAAAUCUAGGAAAAGUAUAGAAAACUCACUGAGGUAGGUUUCCUGCCUUACAUUGGCUUCAUUUCUUAGGGAUAAUAGGCUUGCUGGUCAGAAUCUUGUUGUGGUAGAGGGAAGCAGCUUGGGCAGCUGGUUGCUUUUGCUGUCUCGACUGUAGAGAAUGUGGCUUGUAUUACAUUUGUGUCUUUCUCCAGGGAAUUCCCCUUCUCUGCCUCAACUCUAGUCAUAAUCUAUUUAGUUCUUUGUAGGAGUCGUUCCACCCCAGUAGCUCUAUUUUCUGUAGUGGCUUUGAACCCAUGCAGUUACUCAGCUGCAAGCUUUAGGAAGAAAUAACUUGCAUGUUCUCCCCCCGCCCCCCAGCUGCACUUCAUGUGCUGUGUCUUUUCAAAUGAUUUCUGAUUAACAGCUUCCACAGAUCUUUGAAGGGAAACUUUUCAUUUUCCAUGUCUCUUAAAAUGGCAAAAUGGAUUUUGGAAGGAUCAGGCAACAGGUCCCUCAGCUGUUAAUUGAUAACAAAAUGCAGUAGCUGUCUAGGGACUGGCUCCUACGUGGGCUGUGGAACACCUCAUAAUUAGCUCAUUUUCACUGUCUGCACCAGGCUGUGUGCAUGUCUAUUCCUUCUUAACGUUGCUGAAACUGUUUGCGAAUGAGACAGAAUCCAAGGUAAGCUGCUCUGGUUUUUUUCUUAAUAGUAAAAGAGGCUGGAUUCACGGAAGAAAACAGGCAGCAACUUCUCUUUGUGUAGAAAUUGUACCAGAUGUUGUUUUAGACUGCAAACCUUGCUUUUCCGUUUUUAUACCUGUUUUCAUUUGACUGUGUAGCUCCUCACCAGCACAACUUCUUGUUACAUAAUCCUUGUCUAAUCUCAGAUUAGUCAUCCACUUGGGCUAUUCUGGUUUGUGGUUCUUCAGGGCUUCAGUUGCAGUUUUGUUCCCUGCUCAGUCAUCUCCCCACCCCAAUCCUUCAGUUGGGAGAUGCAGCGUCUGGCCUUCUUUUUCCUGCAAAGCACCUGCUAUUUCAAGGCUCACUCCAGCAUUCAUGGGCAGCUGCACCCCAUUUGUGAGCACCAGUGGGAUUUAUUAGGAGCUUUGUAUCAGUUGUUACAUGAAUUGAAUAGACUGCAAGAGUAGUGACCCAGUGGGGACUUAAACCUGGAUCUAUCUGAUCCUAGUCUGACACACUAUAACCCAAACAAAGGGAACUUAAUCUUGAAAUUGUAUCUUCCACAUCAUGCCCCUCAUACUAGAUACGUCUAUUUAAUGUGGAGUAUUAAAUAUAAAAAUAUACUCAAUCACAUAAUAUAGCUUUAAAAAUCCACAAACACAAAAGACUUGAACCUAAAAAAGAUCUAUUUGAUUGAGUAGUGUGCCCUGAUGGCAGAAAGUUGCUGGCCAUUUAACUCCCUUAUUGUAAGACAGAAUAAUGUCUGAUACUCCAUUUCUUGUUUAAUUUUUCUGUCGUGGGGGGGGGGGGGGGAGAGAGCUUUUUGUUGCCUUUUAAAAACAAAAACAAAUCAUCCAUGAAGUGGAAUCUUUGCUGGGUUAUUGUAGAUAAAACUGAAAGGUUAGAAAUAACGGUUUCCUCUCUACCCUGUUGGGUACAUUUGCCCCAUGCUUCAAAUUGAGCUCUGGAAGGUGGGUGCUCUGAAGAUGGCCUUCUGAGGGAGAAAAUGCUGCUUCCUCUGUGUCUGAAGUGGUUUUGAAGGAAAACGCUCAUCCUAGCAAUAGCAACUUUGUUCCAUCUGCAUUGCUGAGGGUUGUUUUUAAGGAAGGGGUGCAUACUUAUCAUUAUGAGAUAGAAGUUGGAGAUGAGCUAAGGGGAAACCUAUGCAUCAUUAUGAAAACAGGUUAAUGUCUUUACUUGCAAUCAGAAUGCUGUAGUACUGUGUGUAGCAAUUUCCAAAUACAUUUUUCUUUUUCCUCAGUUCUAGGUCCCGUUCGAGAUCAUACUCUCCAUCUCAUAACAGGGAGAGGAACCACCAGCGGGUCUACCAGAACCGGGAUUUCCGAGGGCAUAACAGAGGUUAUCGGAGACCCUAUUAUUUCCGUGGAAGGAACAGAGGGUUCUACCCAUGGGGUCAAUAUAACCGAGGUGGCUAUGGAAAUUACAGGUCCAACUGGCAAAACUACCGACAAGCCUAUAGCCCUCGUAGGGGACGCUCACGUUCUCGGUCACCCAAGAGGAGAUCUCCAUCCCCAAGAUCUAGAAGCCAUUCAAGAAAUUCUGACAAGUCCUCAUCUGAUAGGUCAAGGAGGUCUUCAUCAUCUCGAUCCUCCUCUAAUCACAGCAGAGGCGAGUCCUCCAAACGUCGGUCAUUGAAGGAGAAGAAGUCUUCUUCCAAGGAUGCCAGGGGGUCUCAGGGUGCUGGAGACAACCAAGGGGAUGACACCAAGGAACAGCCCUUCUCAGGAGGAACUGCACAGGAUGCCAAAUCCUCAGAGGGAUCGAAAUCUUGGCAAGAAGUGGGUGCUUAUGGCACAGGUUCAGCAUCAAGGGCCUCUGCUGUGACAGAGUUGAGUCCAAAAGAGCGAAGCCCAGCACUAAAGAGCCCUCUCCAGUCAGUUGUCGUGAGGCGCCGUUCACCUAGGCCAAGUCCACUUCAGAAGCCCAGUCCUACAUCUUCCAACCCUUCACAGCUGGGCUCGACUCUGCAGAGCAGCAGCUCCUUCCAGGCAGGCUCACAUCAGUUUGAGCAUAAUUUAGCAGGCCUGAGCCCAACAAGGAAAAGUCCUGUGUGCAAAAGCCCUACAACAAUCAGUUCCAUUUAUGGGGCAUCUCAGAAGGAGGAAAUGGGGAUAGCCUUCUCCAAAAGGCAAGUUGUCUUCAUUCCUAAAAUUGAUUGAUUGAUGUUUGUCUGACUUUCAGCUGACUGUUAGAUUGGCACAAUUAGGCUAGCCAUAAGUAAUGUAAAAAGUUUAGUCUCAGCUAGUCAGAAGUUGCAAAAUCUGUUGUGAAAAUAAUAAAAAGCAGACUUAGGUAAUAGUGGUAAAAGUAUUGUUUUUCUUAAGUAUUGUAUUAAUUGCUGUGGUAUGUGAGAUACUAUUAUUAACACUAUUUUUCAAUCUCUGAUUUUUUAAUGGAGAAUUGCUUAAGGUGGCAGACAAGAUAAAAAUAGUCAUGUGGGGUUUUUGUACAAUUUCCUAGAGCUUCAGAGAAGAUUUAAGAUGGCUAUUUGAUUUAUAAUGUACUAAACAAAACAAAACAAAAAGUAAACCAUGCCAUGCUAAUUUAUUUGCUACAUACAUGUUUGAAGAGAUCUUUUAGUAGCCAGAGGUAGUUGAACUCAAAUAUUUUAUUGUGGGAGGAAUUAAAUAAAUAUACUUGGUGCAUUUUAAUGUUGUAUUUGACCUAGUGCAUAGCUUUACUUGGCAAUUAUUAUUAAUUGAAUUUUUUUAAGAUUAAUUUUACCAUACCUGAAGUGCUGUGUAUAAGAAUAUGCACUUCCAAGAGAUAGUUAACUGAAAAGUUAAUUACAACUUCGAUUUUGAAUUUUACUAGUAAGGUGUCCAUUCCACAAUUUGACUUCUGUUUAUUCAUUGGGCUAAAUUAUACAACUUAUUAAACCAUAGUUUACUGUUACAUGUAUGAGUUGUUGUAUGCCACGCCCUCCCCUCUGAGGUGUGCCAAAGAAGGUGAUUGGAAGUAUCCAGUUCCAGUUUUAAACUAACAAAAAAUCCUGAUUAUGUCUAAACUCUGGUAGUUCUUGUCAGUCUAACUAUGGUUAGAUCUUAAGGCACAGUUUGGUCUUGGAUUGCUUGAACCAAUCUAAGUUCCUAGAGUUUGAUAUAAUGGAGCGUUUUGAUUAGUUUAAAAUUGUAAGUGGAUUCAACAUGAAACAUGAAAUUGGUAUACAAGUCUGUAGAUUGUACAAAUAACCUAAACCAAGGAUUGGACAGCCUGUGGCCAUCCAUGUGAUGUUCAACUCCCAUCAACCCCAGCUAUCAUGGUGGGUGGUUAGGAUUGAUGGAAGUUGUAGUUCCACAGACUCUUCAAGACCUCAAGUUGUGCUGCCUUGUGGUUUAGCAUUGCUUCCAUACUGGCCCAUUAAAUUACUAGUUCAUUUAUGAAACAACAAAUGUUUAAAAAUGGGAAAUUUUCUCUGGAAAAAAUAUGACACUGGGAAACUUUAUAUAAUACUUCACCCCAGUUCAGCGCAGCAUGUAUAUAUAUUUUUUUAAAUGUUUCAAACACAAAAAUAAAGCAGCAAAAGUAAUGUCAUGUUAAAAACCUUGGCAAUCAAAUAAAUUCAAGGUGCACAGUUGAGUAGCUUGGUAGACAUUCCUGAAAAGGGUAAUUCAUAAUAUAGAUGUGUCACCUCCCUGAAAAGUGUUUGCUCCCUGGCAGAUCUUGCAUUCUGAACAGAAGGAACACAAGAGUUUCAGCCAAUACAAGAAAGAAUUGACCUUUCCAUUUUGCAUGUAACUGGUUUCUAGUCAGCAAGUAGGAAGCUGAAUUAUCUCCCCAGAAAGCAUGCAUACACCUCUAGGAAUUUGUCCUACUUUUACUGUACUUCGUGUACAGCACUAGUGGUCACUUGUGUAAAUAACUUAUGGCUACUAACCAUGGUAGCCAAAUCUGCAGACUCGUUUUGGAUGACCAGUGGAUAGGUGCUAUUGGGAUUGGAACUCAUUAUCAUGAUGAAAUUUCUGUUAAACAGUAGGAGUUAGACCUUCACUCUGCAUGGCAGUUAUUGUUUUCUUACAGAAAUGCAACUGUUGCUAUAAAAUUGCAGUAGUACCUAUGGCAUAGACCUUGGUAGCUUUUGUAAUGUCAGUUGCGCCUUUAUAUACCAAAUUCAUUUUUAUCUAAGAUGCAGAAUCAGAUCUAGCUCUGAGAUUGUGUUAAGUAUUAUUACACAGCUGCCUAAUAUGCUCAUUUUAAAAGGAUGGUAGCCGCUUAUUUCUCUCGGUGUACAGCAGGUGUAAAACCCUUGGAUUUUCCCCAAGGGAGUCACAAGCUGGUUUAUGGUAAAUAAUCCAGCACAGUUACAUACAAAAGCAUUUUUAAAAAGCAUUAAUCAAUAAAUACCUUUUCAGUAAAAAAGAAAGUAAGGUGUUUUUAAGUUCUCUCAGUGUGUUCGAGAGGCAGUUUGUAAAACUGAGAUUCGUGCAUAGGUUUUGCUGUUAUGUAGAACAGGUGUUUCCUAAACCCUUUUUAGAAGGAGUGGGGGAGAAAAUUGUCUCAGAUUUCUUGGCACUGGCUUCAGAUUUUCAGGAGUCAGCAUUAGAUGUGUAGGUGUCAAGUGUUGUAAAAUAUAGUACUUUAAAAACCCAAAAAGCAGAUUAUCAGGCACCACAAGUGUAAAAAUUUAGGAGCAGAGGCCUCACUUUUGGAAAUAUAUGAGAAGACAGUUAAAGAAUAGGUACAAUGUUUGUCAUCCCCUGGAAUCUGCUGGUGGGCUCAGCUUCCAGCAGAUACAGAAAACAGCUGUCAUGGAGCCAAUUUUUGCAUCUAGUAAAACUUAUCCAGCACGAAGAUAGUUGUUAGUAAAUGUGCUUUGGGCAGGAACAUUACUUGAAUCUUUGCAAAUACAUUCCCCCCCAGGGAGUCACAAACACCAGUUAGUACAAGGAGCAUUGUUUUUAGUUGUUUAGUUGAUCUCAGCAGCUAUAGAUCCAUCUGUUUAAGAAGCGAUUGCAUUGUUCUCAGAUGCUCCACAAUGAUUUUUCCAUUCUCAAUUUUGUUACAUCAUCAACCAAUGUAUAGUUUUGAAAUUCACCUCCAGUUGUAAUUAGAAAAUAGAAACUUGCCCAUAUAGUUUAGAUAUAUGCCAAUCAUCAUCCUGUCAGUUUUAGUUGGGGAUUGACCAUCUUUAUAAUAAUGCUGAGUAUUCGUGUUCCUCCCAACCAAUUAAGCAUUUCCCCCCCGUUAACCUUUUUGCUUUUAUUUGUGUUUUGAAUUGUCUAUAGCUUCCAUAGGAGACUUUCCUCCAAAAAUUUGAAGUAGCUUUUGAGGCUUUUAUUUCCACUGUGUAUUACUUAAAAAGCACAGCAAUCCAAGGUGAAAAUGUUGAUGGGUUAAUUCUCCACAAACAGGUUUGUAAGUGAAUGCACAGGUUGGGUAAGAUCUUUUACGUAUUUCCUGCCUUCUAGCUAUGGCAAGUAGGUUCUUAAAUACGAUUUUAUUGGUUUUACUAAGCUUUGUGUGUCAAGGUUCUGUGACCUGUAGUGAAUAGGUGUACUAAUUUUAAAGCAUUAAGAGUUAGAAAAAAGCUAAAUAAAGCUUUGUAUCAGUAACACAGGGAUCGUCUGCUUUAUCAGAACUUUAAGAGUUCCUGAAUUGACUGUCUCUCUCACUUUCUUUUUUAAAUAGGUAUUUGGAAGAGCAAAAAUCUGAGAAUGGGAAAGACAAAGAGCAGAAACUGUCGAACAUGGAAAAAGAAAAAAUGAAAGAGAAGGGAAUUUUCUCUGACCUGGGAUUAGCAGAUGGUAAAACAAAAACAGAUCCGUAUGCCUCCAAAGCUGAUACAGAAAAGCUGUAUCGUGGAAGUCAGUCCCCAAAGCGCUAUAAGCUCCGAGAUGAUUUUGAAAAGAAAAUAGCAGAGUUCCACAAGGAGAGCCACUAUGGCAAAGAGGAGGCAGAUGAGCCCGAGAAGAAGCUUAAAGGCAAAGGGCGAAAGGAAUCCAAUUUUGAUGAGGAUGAGGACGAUGAGCCGAAGUUUCUGUCCAAGACAUUAUCUGCUUCCAGUAAAAACCAGGAGGAAGAUCGAUCAGGCAAAUGGGAAGGCCUAGUAUUUUUGCCUGGAGCCAAAGAGAAGCAGAGGAAAGCUGAGGAGGUGGAGGAGGAGUCCUAUGCUGAGCAGACCAAGAAAGAAGAGAGGCAGGUUGCCAAGAGAGCAGAAGCCGGGCACAGAGGCUUUGUUCCAGAGAAGAAUUUCCGAGUUACCACUUACAAAGCCAGCCAGGAAAAGAAUGCUACAUCUCCUCCUCCACGAAAGGCUUCAGAGGGCAGAGAGAAGCUGGGCGCACGGGGAGAGGGCCUGGCCACUGGCAAGUCUUCCUUUUCCAUCACUCGUGAGACCCAAGUCAACCUCCGAAUGGAUUCUUUUGAUGAGGAUCUUGCACGGUGAGAGGCUCAGUGUAUCUGCCCCACAGUUGGAAUAAAGGGUUAGGGGAAAGUUAAAUGGGAAUAUUGCUCUUUACUGUGUACAGCAGUUCUCCAAAGAGAGUAAGCAAGCAGCCUAGUCUGCUCACUGUUUUUUUUUAUUUGGAGCAUAUGGGUGGAUAACAGAGCCCAGAGAUUCUCUUAUUUAAUGUCAAUGUGCCAGAGUUUCUCACUUGCCAUGGCUGCAUAUGAGUGAGCAUCAUGCUGGUGUAUGCUUCCCAUUAGGUCCAAGCCAAAGAGCAUGGUUUGCUCCUCCCUAGCCAGCCACAGUCGGUAAGCCAACAACAAACGAUGUCUUAAGGUUGGCUAGCAAUCAUGACUCCUUAGGGAACAACAAACCACAAUCCCAGGUUCAGAUGUAACAGGAAGCCAAAGCUUGAUGGUUUGUUUCUCCUUCUCAAGCUAACAGAGAAGCAAAGUGGGAGGCAUCUGGCAGCACGUACCAGCACACUGCUUAUUCACAAUAAACCACAAUAUGCCAGAAACACCAGUUUAUCAUUAUGCAAAUGCAGCUAUUGCCUAAUCCCAAUUUUUUUUGGCAGUGGAGUGACAGGGCGAACCAGAGCAUAUGUCUCUGUAAAGGCCCAAAAAGAAGAGCAGAUCACAAAUAGCCUGCAAAAAUGGGAUGCAAGUCAAGGGGUGAUAUUCAGCUGCAUUUUACUCAGAAUAGACCCAUUGAACAUUAAGUUACGUCCAUGCAUUUCAGUGGGUCUGCUUUGAGUCAAACUUAGUUGAAUACCACCCUAGCUUUCAGGUAGAACAAGCCGUAUAACUAGUACUACUACUACUACUACUACUACUACUACUACUACUAAUUUUAUUAUUUGUACCCAGCCACUCUGCACCUCCCUUCUGUUCUGAGCAGAUGGGAGGGUGGAUGUCCAGUCCUGACAUCCAUUGAAAUGUGGCCAUAUUUAAAGACAUGUGCUCAGUGCAGGAGAGGUUGAGCCUGUGAAACACAAACUUGAGCAAGAACAGCUAACAGUCUCUUGUGUAUUGUGGUUUUUUCAAAGGAUAUUUGCUGAGAGCUUUCACGGGUACCAUAGGAGGUACGGAUUAGCACACUGGCAUGUGUGGACACCAUGUUACCAACCCUUGCCCUAAUUAAUAAAGUCCAAGGAUCACCUGGAGCAAGCGAGCCAAUCUACAGCAGAAAACAGCCCACCACCUUCCCAAGCCUUAAAUACACUUUUGAAGUAUGAGCAAAAGACAUCCGAAAGGACAAUUGGUUGGGCACAACUUCAUGGUGCACAUCAUCACUGCUGCUGAUAGCCAUGGUAGCCCUAAUGCCUGUAGAGAAAUAAUGCAGGGAUGGACAGAGGAACAUAUGUGAACCUGCAAAAACCUAGGAAUAGAGAGUUGUAUCCAAUUUAAUUAUACUCAGAGUAGACCCAUUUGAAAUUAAUAGGCCUAAGUUAUGUGUAGUGUUUUCAGUGCAUCUACUCUUGAGUAAAACAUUGCUCCUAAAUUGAUCAUGAAGUGCCUUCAGUGACAAGUCUUUGAAUUGAACAUGUUGCUUCCAGGCCAACUGUUUGUUCACUGGCCUCCCCACAAAUGAAUUCACACAAUCUUGUUCCCCAUAAUCCAGAGAGUUGGUGCGCUGCAAAAAAGAAAAAGGUGCUUGACAAUGAUUUAAGUGGAACACAGCCAAUAAACUUUCAUAGCUAGACAGUGGUGUAUUUUAUUCCUCAUACUGUUGGCUGUUGCUAUUGAUUUACUUGACAUUUAUACAAAGGCAAGUGUCUUGUGGCAUUGUAGAGACUAACAGUUUUUUUCUGAUAGGAGCUUCUGUGGACUGAACUCUGUCCAUCCAGGCCAAGGUGUACAGAAUCUGCUUCAUGUCAAGAGUUCCUUGAGCCACCACCUUCUUUCUUAGUUGCUCAGCUGCCACGGUACAGUGGAACCUCAGUUGUUGAGUGUAAUCUGUUCUGGAAGACCAUUCGACAUCUGAAACGUUCAACAACCGAGGCACAAUGGGCGGCCGGCAAAAUCCAUUGAAAAAAUGGAGACAUGUGCCCCAGAAGUCAUUCGACUUCCGAGGUGUGUUUGAAAACGGAAACAUUCUCUUCUGGGUUGUCGGCAUUUGAAAGCCGAAAUGUUCGACUUCCGAAGCGUUUGACAACCAAGGUUCCACUGUACCUUCUUGUUUUGUUCACUAUGCCAGACAAACAAAACCACCUCUCUGGAAGUAGUUGCUUUUGGAGGUCAUAACAAUUAAUGAGCAUAUCUUUGUGUGUUUCCCCACCAGCCCAAGCGGGAUUUUGGCACAGGAGCGCAAACUGUGUCGUGAUCUGGUGCACAGCAACAAAAAGGAGCAGGAGUUUCGCUCCAUUUUCCAUCACAUCCAGUCCGCCCAGUCUCAGCGGAGUCCCUCGGAGCUCUUUGCUCAGCAUAUUGUGACCAUUGUUCACCAUGUGAAAGGUGAGUUGCAUUUGAGACUGGUGUUAGUUUAUUUAUUGCUUUAAAACAUUUCCAUCCCACCCUUUAUUGUACAGAAUGAUCCCAGAGUGGGUUACAACUGCCAAUAAAAUACUGAACAAACAGUGAAAUGCAGAUCACGGAACAAAUUCUAAAAAUAUAAAACUUUUGCCAAAGUGUUGCUUAAGGAAAAUACAGUUACUCCUGGAGCUGUCCUCUUGCUGUAGAUCCAUAGAAGGAAGGAGAAGACACUAUGCAAUCCUGCUUGUUUCGCUGGAGCUCUCUCUUCCCUCCCCCUGCCCCCUGAUGAAGCUUAUUCACUCUUGAUUAGUGCUUCAUCUUGCAGUUGGGAAGGUUUUCCAGUUGGGAAGAGUGAGAAACCUAUUUUUAAAAUUCUUGUCUCCAUUUCACCUCUUUGUUUUAUUUUCAUUUUGGUCCUUCUGAGCUGUUCUGGUUUAUGUGGGCUAAGUGGCUAAUUGGCAGCCCCCUUCAUUUUCUCUCUCCCCUGGUUACACUACCGAUAGAGGCAUGAUAAAAGUUUUAUCUACAGCUUUACUCAUAAGGGAAAGAAAAGUUUUAAAGUAAGAGUCCACAACUGAAUGCCCAAAUUCUUUCUUUGGGUUUUUACGUACAAUGCUUCAGCUGUGCUUGAAAAUAUGUGAUCGGAAACUUCAAGUGGCACCAACGGUAUCAGUGUAUGUGGAAAAAAUAGACAUUCUUCCCUGACAAGUUCUCUGUUGGAGAAGUUGAGCUUAAUUAACAGUAUGGAGUUUCUCAGCAAAAAAGGCAGCAUGUGGUCUGUGCAUUCCUAUCCAUUUAGUGUCCAUCUCUUCUCCCAAGCAGUCUGCUUUACCUGAAUAUCUAAGAGCAGGAUGGAUAUUUGAGAUGGGGAUAAAGUACUAAGGUAUCCUUUUGAUAUUCCGUAGACUCCUAGCCACCUGAUACUUCCCCUCCCUCCGAAAAAAUUAGAUGGAUACCCAGCCAGGGAAGAUGACAAUAAAAAGACUGUGUCUUGACUUUGAACAUUGGACUAUGGUAUAAAAAAUUGUGGAAGAUUGCAAUAGCAGAAAAAAUAACCCAUCUAAUCCACAUGUGGAAGAGAAAUGAAAAAUCUGACUCCUUUCAUGAUAUUUGGCAAAACAUUAUUACUUUCACAAGUUGGACUAUCACGAAUAUGGUCCCUCUCCAGCCAGUCUUCAUAUUUGGAAAUCAAGAUCAUUUGACACUAUGGUUGUAGUAAGAUCAGAUUUGGAAAUCAAGAUCAUUUGACACUAUGGUUGCAGUAAGACUGUCACUGUAGUUUUUCCUGUACAAAAAGAUAAAGGAAAGUAUGAUGUUAACAAUCUGAUCAAGCUUGUAAUGCUUUGCUGAUCUUCAUAUGAUGUCAGCCUUGUAUUGGAUCUUACACUUGAGACUUAUCUGGUGUCUUAAUUAUUCUUAUAUGAGUAAAAGCAAUUUCUUUUAAAAGUCUGCACUGCUUAACCUGCAGACAGAUGGACCCAUCUCCUUCCCUCUUUUCUCCUGCCUUCACCUUUAUGUUGUUUGCUUCCUGAAUCUGUUUCAGACCCCCCUGCAGAAGCCACUUUUAUAUUGUCCUAAAGUAUAGAUGCAAUGUUAAUGAUGUGAUAUUUCCUCACUGCAUAUCAACAGAGCAUCAUUUUGGGUCUUCGGGAAUGACAUUGAAUGAGCGCUUUACAAAAUACCUAAAACGAGCGGAGCAAGAGUCUGCUAAGAACAAAAGCCCUGAAAUCCACAGGUGAGUGCACCUUUGCAUGUAAUAAAGGCAGGUUGUGGGAGAAAAUGUGCACCCUUGCCACAAAGAGUCCUCAAAUGAAUAGGCUUUGGCAUAGCUCACCAGCACAAAAGCAGGCAGCCUACUAGACAAAUCAGACUACUAUCUGCCAAGUGUAGAGUUUUGACAUGUACUUAUAAAAUCCCGAUUUAAGAGACUUUUUGAAUCGUAGCCAUUAAGCAGCAUAAAGGCUUGCAUUUAGCUACUAGGCAUUUGCUUGCUUAUCGUAAGCAAGUGCUUCUCAUCCAAGGCAAACUCUGCCUUGCCCUGCCACUGUCUUGGGUGCCUAUCCAGGAGAGAAAAAAGGACUUUGAUUCAAGCAUAUUGAAUCCACAACAAGAAUAAAGUACAGAAAUCAAUAAUUUGCUCCUCAUGGUGAGGCAAGGAUGUUGGAGACCCAAUGCUUACAACUGAAACUCUUAAGCAGCCAUUUUUCUGGUCUUCAGCAGGUGAUGCCCGCAUAAUUCAGCCAUACUUUCUGAUGGCUAGAAGCUUCCUUUUUAAAAAGGAAGCGAGUGGAGACUGAAUUCUGAACCUUUUAUCCAUUGGAGGUUCAUUCAUUAGAGUGAAUGGAGCACUGGCUAACCAACCUCAGUCUGCUCUCAGCCAGCUCCAACCUGCCUGCCUUCCUCUCAUUUACAGCUAGUCCAGGGGGUUGCCCUGCCUGUCAGCAUCAUCCUCCUAAGUCUCUGUUGCCCCUUGCAGAACAUAGUAGGGAGGUGACUGAGGACAAAGUUGGAAUAAAUUGUCUCCCUUGUUAUUGGCUCUGCCUCUGCCUACUGUUUUGUCUCCCUGCCUUCUGUCCUCCUGUUCCCAAUGGACACCAGCCACCACUGUUGCUAUCAGAGUCUGCACGAAUAAGUAUGGCUUUCAGAGCAAGAAAGAGAUAAACAACUCUUCGUUGUAUCCAUAACUCUUUAAGGUGCCUUAAGGUCCUGUAUUGUUUAUCUUUGAACAAGUCUCUGUUGUAGCUGAGGCUUACCAGCAUCAACUUGCCCAAGGCCACUAGGGAGUCUCGUGAUGGAACAGGAGAUUGAAUGUUCUAUCCAUAAGUCAAUUCAGCCCUGAAGUUUUAUGUCUGUCAUGUGCCAUUCCUUACACUAUAGAACUAAGGCCUAAUUUAUACAUUCCCUGAAUGCAAAAGGGAAGGCAUUCCUUGACCUUUUCUUAAUCAUGCACACUCUUUUUUCCUUUCCUUUUUUAGGAGGAUAGACAUUUCUCCCAGUUCCUUUAGAAAACAUGGAUUCUCGCAAGAGGAAAUCAAAAGUUCCAAAGAAUCCAGCUACAAGGUGACCUGUUGCUUUGAUCUGUAGUGAAACAAAAUGUGUGCACUUCGGGCAUGAACUUGUUUUUUAUAAUAAAAAAGUGAUAUUUUUGUUUAACUUGCUCUCUACUUAAGUUUGUGUUUUUCUUUCAAGGAUGGGCAUAAUUCUAAAAAUGAACUACAAAGGGUUAAUUUUUAUUAUAAAAAAAUGUAUCAACAACCUUUGUGAAGUGGUUAGAAAUAUGGUAAAUGACCCCAAAGUCAAUUGAGGUUGAGCUUGAGACAAAAAAAAUGGAAUUUUGGAAACAAGUGACCUUGAUGAUGGAAGACUUUUUGUGAUAUUUUGCUGCUUGUAAGUAUGACUAAAUCACUUGUCUUACCCGUGAUAUUUCCAACCAUGUUUUCAAAAAGACGUGCAUGUCAGGAAGAGAGGAAAGUAAAUCAAAUCCAUAUCUGAACCAAGCACACAGAUAUUUUUUCUGCUAAUGUGUUUUCUGUUGACUGCCGCUAGUUUAUUUUAAAAUGCUGCUCAGAAUUAAAAACACUCUCCUGGGGGUCUUUAAAACUGUUACGGGCAGCGAAACAAUUAUAUGCCCCUAAUUUUAAAGGGAAAAAUGACCAUCUUGAGUUGAAGCAUUGUCUGUUCACUUUCAUACACGUUUGUCUUAAUGGUUUUUAGCAAUGCUGUUGAAGGGUUUGCUUUCAUGUCAUACCUGUGUUCUCAGUUUCUCCAAACACACUUGUCGCGUUUGAAAGAUACUUGACUGCUGGAUUUGAUCUCUCUCUACCACACCAUCCGACAGUGAACAUGCUUGUGUGUGUGAAUAGACACAUACUUCAGGUUUACAAACAGUCAGGAGCUCCUUAGACGACUUCUUUAUGAAAUGGAACUACACAAAUGGCUACAACAACUGAUCUAGGUUCUGCUGAUGAAUGCCAUUUGAUGGUGAAACGAGUUUCCAUUCUGGCAAUGACAGAUCGGCUUUGUUUUAUGAGUUGAAAAGAGUUCUCCUUCACUUAUGGAAGGCAAAAGAACAAAUACAGCUCCCACAUUCAGCCAUGCCAGCUUCUUUAUUUUAAUCAAAAAGUAGGCUAGAAGCUUGUGUAAGUAAAGUACUUAAUAGAGAGCUGCUACCCAUUCUUUUGAGUUAAGGCGAAACUAUUGCUCCCACUUUUCCCUGCCCUAGUUAUUCCAAAGUCUUGUGCUGGACUGAAAGUUACCAAGUUGAAACAAGAAGCUCCACUGAUUGACUGUUUCAAUAAAUAUCAAAGAGACCUGUAACAGUUCAGAAAUGACUUUGAUCCUACUGCUGUUGACUGAAGAUUUUCGUUUGCCCAUAGAAUUUAAUCUUCUCACCACUUUCUCCUGUUCUUAGCCAUUUCUUCCCAGAUGUGCCACUUAAAGUAUCCUAAAUAAGGACAGGGAUGAUGAAAUAGUGGGAUGAGACAAACCUGUGUCUUUUUUGUGUUUUGUUCAUGGGAAUCUCAUUCCGUAAAGUGAUCUCCAAGGAUAUCUUAACUUUUCCAACUACAGCUCCAAACACACUGUUGAUGCUGAAUAAAUGUUUGCUGUUUAUAAGUAUUGCUCAGAAUAAGUAAUAUAGAUACAUUUAUCUUGCACAACGUGUUCUGCUCUCAAAGUUCAAGUUCCCCCAAAAUUCAGGAGCUUCUCGGCAAUGGAGACAGGGAAGGGUGUGUGGAGACUGGAUUGUAGCUGAAUGGUAGAAGCAGGGAGUUCUUUUUUGCAGGGGGUGGGAGUGUGCAGUGAGCACAGCAGUGCAGAACACCUAAGUUCUAACUCUUGUCCCCUAGAAGCCAGGCCAAGCGUGGCUCCAUUUGGUUGCUGAGUCUUCAGCAGCAGGUGUAUGUUCAAAUCUUUUUUCUGCCAUCGUAAGUGUUAGAAACAUGAUGCCUCGUUUUUGUGCUUACGGUGCACAACUCUGAAUUUGAGAGGUUAUGCUGAUUGAGAGCAAACUAUGCAGCAGCCCCUUCAAGGCUCAUUAUGGAUCUCUCAACAGCCAGUGGUGAUUGGAGGGGGGAGCACACUCAGGAAGCCUGCCUCCCCAAAUAACUCCUUCAUUGGUUCUCUGGAAUGUAGAGAAUUGGCUCUAUUAUGAUACUGGAGCUUAGACGGCCUGCACAUUUCCCCUUCACUUUCCAUAACUGCAGCCAAUGUCUCCUGCAGUGAGAGGAGGGGACGUCCCUUUCCAGGCACAGGGAAGGAAUUCUCUUGUUCAGUCAAUUCCCUGUAGAGCACAAGAAUCUGUCAGAAGAGGAGAAUACAGUUCUUAGCUUUGGCAUAUACAGAUCAUUGCCCCUGGAGCCUGUUGUUUUUCCUUUGGACAUCAAAGGGUCUUGGCUUUGGCACCCAGUUUUGCUCCCUUGAUUUGAUUAAUAAUUACUUACGUUUGGCAUAGAGAGAAGUGGAUGCAGAAAGAUUGAAAUCUUUUGCGUGGAUCUUGUGAAGUCAUUCAGUCUGUGUAUUAGCACCAGCAUAACUUCCCUUGCUUGAGUAUUUUUCAGUCCUGAGCAAGGUAAAAAGGGAUGUAGUUGUGAAGGAAUUGCUUAAGGCUCAGGUGUCAAGUCUUUCCCCUGUUUUUCUCUUUGCAGGCCGAAAGCAAAUACAAAGAGGACCCAGUUGACCUGCGCCUUGACAUUGAACGGCGUAAAAAACAUAAGGAGAAAGAUAAGCGAGGCAAGUCGAGGGAAUCGGUGGACUCCAGACCCUCAAGUCAUUCACGGGAGAGAUCAACGGAGAAAACUGAGAGGUCUCAUAAAGGGUCCAAAAAGAAGUAUGUAGGAGGAGAACAUUCUCCACUUCUUCCUUCUUUCCUUCCCUUUUUAUUUUAGAUGUCACACACAAGAGUGAUAGUGAGCUGACAUAAUGAAACCCCACAUGGAAGAAGCUAGCAGGGAAACAUUUUCAGCCCAAGGGCUGCAUUUCCUCAAGAGGAACCUCCCCAGGAGGUGCAUGCCAGUGUGGGUGGGGCAGUGGAUGCUCAGUAGGAUAUGUUCCAGAGGUUUCUACAGUCACACGUGCAGUUAUCCAGCCUUGCAUCCAAGAAAGUAAGAGGUGCUACCACAGUUCAAGGAGACAUCCCAACCAGGCACAAACUGAAGGAAGGUGCAGAGCAGAACCAGUACGGGGUGUGGCCUUGUAAAAGUCCCAAGGGCCAGAUAAAGAACCCUGGAGUUUCCCCUUCAGCCCCUGAGCCUGAGGUCCUUCCCCUCACUGGGCUAGUUGUUGAUACUUGCUAGGAUGCAGCAGGUGUCUGUGGGGCUGUCCUGUUACAUAGCACAGGCUUCUGGGGAUAUGGAAAAGUGCUGUUUUUACAUCCAGGCUUGCUAGGCCUCAGCUGUUGGGUCCAGCCACCCCCCUCAUGUGCAUUGCCUGUGGGCUGUACACUGUACCAUAAGGUCUGCAAUAAGUAGGCAAGCUGUUCCAAAAGGGAUGCUUGUCCGUCAUCACUGAUGUUCUCAUUGAGCAGUUGCUAAUAAGCCUCCAAGGAACCAACCCUACAUUUUCCCAGAACACAGUUUGUAGGGUUACUUAUUGAAAGGACACGGGCAGGCUAGUCUAAGUGCAUUUCAAGUCAAUGUCUUUUACACUUAUUUAUUUGUUUAUAAAAAUAUUUAAGUACCAUUAAUUCAUUUUUUAAAGUUAUAAAUGAACAUUUGUGAUUGUUAGCUUAGCCUUUCCCCCUAGACGUCAAACGCAACUUCGCUUUUUCAAGCUAAGAGGGGUGGGUGUAAGAGAGAGGAGAGCUCUCUGGAUCAUUGGAUGGGGCAUGCUAGCAUUGCUCAAUGCUUUCCUGUCUGCAUUUCUGAAACUUCCAUUUUCGCAGCAAAUAGCUGUGUGUUUGGGCCACUUUGGGCUGAAUGAGGCACUAUGCUGCCCAAGCUUAAUAACAGCGUGUGUGAUGUGCACCUCUGUUGCUGAAUUGCACUGGAGCCUUAGAGAACAAGAAGCCACUCUAGAUAAAGGAGGGGAGACUGUACGCUUGCUUUCAUUUUUGGUCUGGAAUCUCCUGACACAGUUACCCAAAUUAAUGGUUCUCUUCAGUCACUGGAAGACAGCAGGUUACAAGCAGGGUGGUUGCGGAGGCAGGGAAAUCCCUGCCUUUGGUCUAGGAGAGGGUAGGGAGUAUGGUACUCUCCUAUUUGUAUAUAGAAGCAUUGUCCAACAGGUCGAUCAGGAUUGACUUGUAGAUCAUGUGAUUGUUUCUCGUCGAUCUCUGUAUAUUUCUCUCUCUUUCCAGAAACAGCCCUUUCUCUGAGGAGCCAGCGUGCAGGGCUUCUCUCUCUCUCUCUCUCUCUCUCUCCCCCUCUCUCUCAGAAGGAGGAGAAGGAGAAGCAAGCGGGCGGAGGUGUACGCAGAUGUAGAGGCUGGGCAAGAGAGAGAGGCCCUGUGCACUGGCUCCUCAAGAGAAAGGGCUGGCUUGGGUCGAGAGAGAGAGAUGGUGCUGGACAUUCCAGGAUCUAGCCCUUGAGGAGAGGACUGCCUUGUCCUCCCUCCCCGCUGAUGAGCUCUCUCUCACUGAGCGCAGCAAGGCUUACUCCUGAGUAAACACACAAGGGAGUGGGGGCCCUUCCUGGCUGCUGCCAUCCCACUCACGCAGGGAGGGGUGUGGUGUGUGUGUAUGUAUGUGCAGCCCUGCACACUGGCUCCUCAAAGAGAGAAAGGUCUGGUUUAGGUUUACUCGAAAGGAAGGGGUAGGUUGGAUCCAGGGGAAAGGGCUUCUACAGGUUCCAUCCAGUUCUUAAGGUGGUGCUUGAAGGCUGUCAACUCUGCAGUUGAGUUUACCCAAUUUGUUUCAAACUAUGGGGGAAAUCACUGUGGCUGACAUGUGCCCCUGACUCAUUUGAAAAACAGCAAGAGUCUGGGGUACUUUAAAGACGAGCUCUUGUGAACAACAAUCCAUGCAUCAUGUUCUGAUUAUGUAGAACCCUGUCCUCAAUGUUAUUUUCUUAUGUUAUUACAAGUAUACAAAUUAUGUAUUUAAAAAAAUAAAUUGAUUUAUGAUGAACUUUUCAGGUUUUAUGGAAGGGACUAUCAUUUGUUACUAUUUUUAUCAUAAGCCCAGCCUAGUAUAAUAUGUUUAAGUAGAAGAACGACAAUGGGAGAGUGUGGUGGAUCACUGCCAGUUUUUGAUAUUGGAUGGUAGAUCUCAGGCUACCUUUGGUUGGACAUGCCUGGUAUAUAUCAUGUGGUGAAGUUGCGGGGAGAGGUGGAGGAAUGACUGACAUUGAGGCAGUAGAGAGGUGCCCUCCCCUGACAUUCAUAUAUCUCUCUCUUUGCCUUGACUUAGGAAGCACCGGCGUGUGCGGGAGCGAUCUAGGUCAAGCUCCUCGUCAUCACAGUCUUCCCGCUCCUACAAAGCAGAGGAGUACCCCGAGGAGACUGAAGAGCGAGAGGAGGCUGCCCCUGGCUUUGACAAAUCCCGCCUUGGGACCAAGGAGUUUACGGGCCCAACUGAUAGGGGCAGAGCCCGAGGAACCUUUGUAAGUUGUCCUUUUGGAGGGUGUGUGCCCUGGGCCCUUGUUCCAGGGUGAUGUCAAAAUAGUUUUGAAUUGUGGCAGAGCUGGAGUGUGGACAGGCACCUCCCAGCUUUUGAAAGGGGUUCAGUGUUAGGUGUUGGCAGCUACCCAGUGUAAGGGAGUCGUUCUUGCUUAUAAAAUUUGUCUCACCUCUUCCACAUAUUUACUGAGUACAACUUCAGGGUCUUUUUCAGAAGAAUUUUCCUAUUUGUGGUGAAAGGGGAAACCUUUUUUUUUUAACAAUAUGAUAUGAUAUACCAAAAGCAACAAAACCAUAACAUUAUAGUGCGCAUCAGUUGCUCAAGGAAGUGUAACGAGCCACACCCAGAGGCUCACAUCCAGACCCAAAAAUCAGUCAGAAUCUGAAGGACAAUUUAACCAAGAAGGAGCCUAGCUAAUAGGUUGAGCCAAAAGGGUUGGGUUUGUUUUAGUAAAUGGGAGUACUAUAGCACCUCUCUGCCCAGCUAUGUAAUGCAGAAAGGGAUAUCAAGUGCCUACGGAUUUGUCAUGUUUACUUAGCCCUCAAAAUAGUGCUAUUGGGUCAGUUUUUUUCUGGAAAGACAGUAGCCCACACCUUGAAUACAGAAGUGUGAUGAGUGUUUCUAGUGAUGGGCAAUUUCCAUUCUAUCUGUUGCUAAGAGAUAAACGAUCAGGUCUGUGUGUGUAGUGCUCCAGAAAUCAUGACAGGCCAUCCCAGGCCCAGCCAGAUCCCCUUUCUUUCUGUUGCUCGCUUUUUGACGUUCCCUUUCUUCCUCUGCUCCUGAUGACAGCAACAGUUCCGGGCCAGGGGUCGUGGCUGGGGAAGAGGGACCUUCUCUGGCAACAGCAACAACAACAACAGCAGUGGCGGCAGCAGCAGCACCGACUUCCAGAAGCGGAGCAGGGAGGAGGAGUGGGACCCCGAGUACACCCCCAAGAGCAAGAAGUACUACUUGGUAUGUGCCCUGGGGGUGAGGUGGGCAUGUGGCUGUGAGCUGCCUGCACAGAAGUUGUCCCUUCCACCAGGUGACAGGCCCCAAGUUGGUCUUGCCGUCAUUGUCUCCUCAGCCAUGCAGCAUUACUGGAGGGCUUACUUGCAAAAUGCAGAGGCUGGGGGGCAUAUUCCAGGGUGUUUAUCCUCCCCUGUCUGUGUGGGAAAUGUAGCAGUGGCCACUGGGGAAAGGAGAGGGGGUGGACAGAGGUGGGGCCUUCUGGUGGGCUGUUGAGGAGCUCUGCAUUUGUUGACUGACAAAUACCUUUUUUUCUUCUUCUUCUUCUUCUUCUUUUCCCUUUGCAGCAUGAUGACCGUGAGGGCGAAGGGGGUGAGAAAUGGGUGAACAGAGGCCGGGGAAGGGGCAUCUUCCCCAGAGGGAGGGGCCGUUUCCUGUACCGAAAAUCGAGCACCAGCCCCAAAUGGGCCCAUGACAAGUUUAGUGGUGAGGAGGGAGAGAUUGAGGAUGAUGAGAGCGGGGCUGAGAACAGAGAGGACAAAGAGGCCCUUCAGUCGGUGGCGGAGUAG